AUGGAUACGUCUCCUUCACCCUCCAUGGAUACCUCUGUCCCUGUGUCUGCCAGAAUAACCUUAGGAAGGUUCACUACAAUGCAUUUUGUUCAUAAUCAGGAGUUCGGUCAUGUUGAUCGUAUGUUUGUUGCUAUGUUUGCUAAAGAAUUAGGACCUGUUUGGAAAUUGGAAGAUAUUAAAGGGAAUCGCCAUCAGUUAACUUAUAAUAUGGAUGUUAAUAAUCCAUUGCUGACUGAUGGUUGGUCUAGCCUAAGAGUUUUCUAUAAAUUGCAGCAUAUCCAUCAAAUCAUAUUCAGAUAUGUUGGAAACUCAACAUUUCAAAUUACUGUAUUCUCCGGCAUGACUGCAAUCUCAACUGCCGCCAAAUUUCUGACAAACAUACAUCGAUUGCGAUCAAAACAGUUUUUUAGAGUGAAAUUGACAAAAUCUCAAAGCCAAGCUAGCCAUCUGGACCUACCAACUGACUUUGCAGCUUAUGUUCGCAAACGUAGAUUCAAGAGGUUGGAAUUGCAGGGAUCGACCAACACAUGCAUUGUUCAGUUAUGGAAUGAAAAUAUUACUCCAACUAUCAACAACUCCUUUAAUGUCAGUGAAGAUAGAAACCUACAUGCUCAAGCAAUUCAAUCUUCAAAUAGAAAGCCAUUGUUGGAGUUGACAUGUCGUGACAUUGACCAACGUAAUUAUAAGAAUGCACGAGCUAGAAGGAAAGUUAUUAGGGAUCAGAAGAUUGCAGAAAAAAAAAUUCAUGGUUCUACCUCCAUUGGAUCUGGAAUGGUUUGUAAUUCAAUUGAAAUCACCAAUGGUCCAAUUUUGCACAAGACCAACAUUAACAACAAAGAUCAAAAAUUUGCUGGUAGCACCUUCAUUCCUGCUUCUGUGGCUUCUUCUUCUUAUUCUGAAGUUGUUAAUCUUUUUGAUGUCGAACAGAACCAAAGUCAUGACAUAUGUAAGCUACAAUCCUAUACCAGUGCAAUAUCAAGUCAAUCAUCUCAAUAUUUAGAAGCUGUAAAAUUGGGGCAGCCUUCUCUUCAUGAUGUUAUUACACCUAUUUCAAAGAUAUUGGAUUUUGACAACAAUUCUGAUGAAGAUGAGAAUCAUGAUUAUCUUAUUGGGCAUUUCUCCUCUGAUUUGUAUUCAAGAGCUGAAGUUCAAGCACAUGUUGAUGUAGGGGACUGUUCCAUUGAGUGUCCCUAUUGUGAAGCUCAAUUGUGGUACGAAGAAAGAUCUGAUAAAUGCAAAAGAUUACAACAAGUUGAUUUUUCUCUUUGUUUUCAAAAGGGAAAAGUCCAACUUCCAUUGUUAAAGAAACCUCCUCAAUUGCUUCAAAAGUUGUUGAAAGGUGAAGAUACUACAAGCCAACAUUUCUUACAGUACAUAAGAAGCUACAACAACAUGUUCUCAUUUACAUCAAUUGGUGCGAAGAUUCAUUCCUCAAUCAAUGAUGGAUGUGGUCCUCCUCAGUUUAUUCUUAGUGGUCAAAAUUACCAUCGCAUAGGAAGUUUAUUGCCCGAUAAAGGAUCAAGUCCAAAAUUUGCACAACUAUAUAUUUAUGACACAAAAAAUGAAAUAACAAACAGAGUUAGUCAUUUUGGGUCUGAUAUACAACAAUCCAUUUUUGAUAAAUCAUUGAUAGAAGAUUUGAAAAGCAUGAUUGACAAACACAAUGUUCUUGCUCAAUCAUUCAGAAGAGUAAGAGAUUUGAUACAUGAUGAUGAUCAAUCAGAUUUUGGAUUGAGGUUAUUUAGACAUCGCUGUAAGGAUCCUAGAGUAUACAAUACCCCAAUAGCAGAUGAAGUCGCAGCAUUGAUAGUUGGUGAUUUGAGCACUUUAGAUGUAGGAAGAGACAUCAUUGUCAAGAAAGUUUGUGGUCAGUUGACAAGACUACAUGAAACUCAUACAUGUUUCAUUCCUCUGCAAUAUCCUUUGAUUUUUCCAUAUGGAGAGGAUGGUUAUCAAGAGGAUAUUCCAAUUAGAGAUUGUCAAAGAUAUGGUCAAAGUAGAAAGAGAGUUCGAAUUUCUUUACGAGAAUUCAUUGCAUUCAGAAUACAAGAUAGAAAGGUUGAAUUUGGUAACAUUGUACACUCACGUAGAUUGUUUCAACAAUUUUUAGUGGAUACCUACACGAUGAUUGAAGCUCAAAGGUUUUCUUUUAUAAGAAAUAAUCAAAAACUCAUUCGUUCUGAUAUUCUAAAUGGGUUACAAGAAGCUGUUAACAAAGGUGAAACUGAUCCUUCUUCCAUUGGAAAGCGUAUAGUUUUGCCAGCUUCAUUUACAGGUGGCAUGAGAUACAUGUUCAAUAAUUGCCAAGAUGUUAUGGCCAUUUGUAAGAGGUAUGGCUAUCCAGAUUUGUUUAUAACAAUCACAUGUAAUGUCAAUUGGCCUGAAAUUCUUGAUUUUGUAAAAUCAAGAGGUCUAACUGCUUCAGAUAGGCCAGACAUUGUUUGUAGAGUUUUUAAAAUGAAAUUAGAUCAAAUGAUGACAGAUUUCAAGAAGAAUAAUUUCUUUGGCAAAGUCAAUGCAGGUAUGUAUACAGUUGAAUUUCAGAAGAGAGGUCUGCCACAUGCUCAUAUAUUAUUAUGGUUGAGUGACUCAAACAAGUUAGAAAAUGCAAAGCACAUAGAUAAAGUAAUCUCUGCUGAACUUCCUCAUCCAGAUCUCUAUCCAAAACUUUCAAAGGCUGUUAAAACAUAUAUGAUACAUGGUCCGUGCGGAGCUGCUAGAUUCAACUCACCAUGCAUGAAAGAAGGUCGGUGUUCGAAAUUUUUUCCUAAAAAGUUUAGACAUAAAACUACAAUUGAUGAGGAUGGAUAUCCUGUAUAUAGGCGUAGAGAUGAUGGUUUAUUUGUGUUGAAAAAUGGACAUAAAUUAGGUAAUGGAAAUGUUGUGCCUUAUAGUCCUCUUCUCUUAAUGAGAUAUCAAGCUCAUGUUAAUACAGAAUAUUGCAACAAAUCAAACUCAAUCAAGUAUUUGUUCAAAUACGUCAACAAAGGUCCUGAUAGAGCCACAAUGAAAAUUACAGACAAAGAGAAUGAUUCUACAGAAGUCCGUAUUGUUGAUGAGAUUAAAAGAUAUUAUGAUUGUGGAUAUUUAUCUCCAUGUGAAGCAGUUUGGAGAAUUUUUGGAUUUGAUAUCCAUCAUAGAUGGCCUGCUGUUCAGCGUUUAACUUUUCACCUACAAGAUCAGCAAACAGUUUUGUUUAAAGAUGAUGAUAGAAUUGAUGAUGUAUUGGAGAGGAAUGACAACAUCAAUACCAUGUUUCUAGCUUGGUUUGAAGCUAACAAAAAAUAUGAGGAAGGAAGGAACUUGACCUAUGCUGAAUUUCCAACAAAGUUUGUUUGGAUGUCUCAACAAAGGAAAUGGAAACCAAGAAAGCAGGGUUAUAGUAUUGGAAGACUGACAUAUGUUCCUCCAGGAUCGGGUGAAUGCUAUUACAUGAGAAUCUUACUGACAAAACAAAAAGGUUGUAUUAAUCAUGAUAGUAUAAAGACAAUUAAUGGUAAAACAUUCUCUACAUACCAAGAGGCUUGCCAGGAAUUGGGAUUAUUGGCAGAUGACAAAGAAUUCAUUGAUGCUAUUAAAGAGGCUAGCCAUCUUGCAUCUGGAAAUCAACUUAGAAGAUUAUUUGUGUCUUUGUUAAUCAUGAAUACAAUGUCAAAGCCAAAAGUUGUUUGGGAUGCAACUUGGAAUUUAUUGGCAGAUGGUAUCCUAUACCAAAGAAGGAAACACUUGAACAUACCAGGUUUUCAAAUGGAAGAACAUGAUUUACACAAUCUGUGUCUUCUAGAAGUAGAAGAACUUCUAAACUCCAAUGGGCGAUCUUUAACAGAUUAUAGUUCCCUUCCUCAACCUGAUUUGUGUCAUUCAUUCAAAUUUAAUAACAGGUUCAUUAUUGAUGAAUUGAAUUAUGAUAAAGAAGAAAUGGAGAAGCUACAUCACUCUCUAUUGCAGUUAAUCACUAAUGAGCAACUACAUGUUUAUAAAAGAAUUAUGACAGCAGUGAAUUCAGAUGUAGAAUUUUUUUUCUUAUAUGGUUAUGGUGGGACUGGAAAAACAUAUUUGUGGAAACUUUUGUCAGCUGUUGUUAGAGCAAAGGGAAUGAUUGCGCUUAAUGUAGCUUCAAGUGGUAUUGCAUCUUUAUUGCUUCUUGGAGGUAAAACUGCUCAUUCUACUUUUUGCAUACCACUAGCAAUCAAUGAUGAAUCAACGUGCAACAUCAGUCAAGGAAGUCUUCGUGCUAAACUAUUGAUGGAAACAAAACUUAUCAUAUGGGAUGAAGCUCCUAUGAUGAAUAAGUUAUGUUUCCAAGCUUUUGAUAGAACAUUGAGAGACAUUAUGAGAGCUACAAAUAAAGAUAAUGCUGACAAACCAUUUGGUGGAAAGGUUGUUGUCUUGGGCGGUGAUUUUAGACAAAUCUUGCCAGUAGUAAGAAAGGGAUCAAGGUAUGAUAUUGUCAAUUCAGCAAUUAAUUACUCUGAUUUGUGGCAAUAUUGCACAGUUCUUAGGCUAUCACAAAACAUGAGGUUAAAAUGUGCUGUUUCUAAUGAAAGUGCAAUACAUAUAAAAGAAUUUGCUGAUUGGAUUCUUAAAAUUGGAGAUGGAAAUAUGAAUUUCAAUGAAAGUGGUGAAGCCAACAUUUCAAUACCAACAGAUCUUCUAAUUCUAGAAAGUGAAACACCUUUACUUUCUUUAGUGAAAUUUGUUUAUGGUGGUCUAAUUGAAAAUAUCAUGAAUCCUGCCUUCUUUGAUGAUGGUGCUAUACUUUGCCCUACAAUUGAUAGUGUUGAACAAGUAAAUGACUUCAUUUUAUCUUUGAUUCCUGGUGAAGAACAAAUUUAUUUAAGUUCAGACACUCCUUGCCAAUCUGAUGAUGAUCAAGAAAUUCAAGGUGAGUGGUUUACUCAAGAGUUUCUAAAUGAUAUCAAAUGUUCAGGGAUUCCAAAUCAUAGGAUUAAAUUGAAAGUUGGCGUACCAAUUAUGCUUUUAAGAAACAUUGAUCAAGCAAAUGGUCUUUGCAAUGGUACAAGGUUGCAAGUUAAUGAUUUGGGAAAGAAUGUUAUCUCUGCUACUGUCAUAACAGGGAAAAAUGUUGGUGACAAAAUUUUCAUUCCAAGAAUGAACUUGACACCUUCUGAUUCCAGCAUCCCGUUUAAAUUUCAAAGGAGGCAAUUUCCAAUAUCCUUAUGCUUUGCAAUGACAAUAAACAAAAGUCAAGGACAAACUCUUUCUAAAGUUGGACUUUAUCUUCCUCGCCCAGUUUUUACUCAUGGACAAUUGUACGUAGCAAUUUCUAGAGUCACAACAAAGCAAGGACUAAAAAUUUUAAUUUUGGAUGAAGAUGGAAAAGUAAGCAAUACAACUACCAAUGUGGUUUACAAAGAAAUAUUUGAAAAUCUUUGA